ACAUGAACAGACAGAUUGCACUGAUGCUCAUCCUGGCCAGCAGCUUGCUGGCUUUGGCCCAAGCACGCCCAGAGCCACCAAAGCCACGCUAUGGCGCGCCGCCGCCGCCGCCAGCACCACAAAAGGAAUAUGGCCCACCAGCCGCGCAGCCAUUGCCUGCCUAUGGACCACCUGCAGCUUUCUAUGGACCACCACCCACGGCUGAGGCUAUUGUUACCAAGAAUGUGUAUGUGCAUGUACCGCCAGAGGAGCCAGAGUUCUAUCCCGCUGCAGCGCCCAUACAGACAGCUGUGCCCAAGAAGCACUACAAGAUCAUUUUCAUCAAGGCGCCCAAUCCACCCACGCCAGUGCGUCAGGUGCUGCCGCCAGCCGUGCAGGAUGAGCACAAGACCUUGGUCUAUGUGCUGGUGAAGAAGCCCGAGGAGCAGCAACCACUGCUGCUGCCAUCACCCGCCCCCACCGAGCCUAGCAAGCCCGAGGUGUACUUCAUCAAGUACAAGCAGCAGCAAAAGCCAGCGCCGCAAUACGGACCACCCCCAGCUCCUGCCGAUGAGUACGGCGCGCCACCCGCACCACGCACGCUGGAGCAGUUUUAGAUGCGAGCGCAACUCAACAUGUAAAUACUCUCUACUUAAA